CGGAAGUGCCCGUAACGCGGGGGUGGGAAGGCUGGAAAAAAGAUGGCCGCCUCCGUCUCGGGCUAUACUUUCAGUUCUCUAGUGUACCAUCACGCCAACAGCCCGUCGGACCACGAAGGAUUUCUUUUGGGUGAUGUAAAACAACUUGAGACUUUCAGUAUUAGUGAUUCACAUAUCAGCAACACGGAGCUGCUGCAAGUUAUAGAAAUCCAUAACCAUGAGCCUGGUUAUCAACUCUUUAGUUUUUACGACUAUGCAGGAAGAGUUGAUGAAGAGAGUCUGGAUAGAAUUCUCAAAGGAAGGAGAAAAAAUGUUAUUGGCUGGUACAGAUUUAGAAGAAAUACACUGCAGCAGAUGUCCUACAGAGAACAUAUUAUCCAUAAGCAGCUGACACACAUCCUUGGAGUGCCUGAUCUAGUCUUCCUUCUAUUUAGUUUCAUCUCCACAGCAAACAACUCAACGCAUGCUUUGGAAUAUGUGCUGUUUAGACCCAGUCGCCGGUAUGAUCAGAGAGUUUCACUCACAAUCCCCAAUUUGGGGAACACUAGUCAGCAAGAGUACAAGAGUUCCUCAGUGCCAAACACAUCUUGGAAUUAUGACAAGGUGGUAACAGAACAUGGAGCUGAGUUCUUUGACAAAGAUGGAGUGAUUAAAGAUAUCAGGGCUAUUUAUCAGGUGUACAAUGCACUACAAGAAAAACUGCAAACAGUAUGUGGAGAGGUGGAAAAGAGUGAGCAAACAGUUGAAAGUUAUCUUCUAGAAGUGGAUAAACUGAAGAAGCAAAUAACACGCAGGAAAAGAGAGAUUGAAGAGGAGAAGAAGCUUCAAGAAGCUGCACUGAAUAGAGGAUUAGCUGAAGAAAAUUCGGUGCAUGUGCCUAAUCUGAGGAUCAGUCCUGGACAAGUAAUGGAAGUACAUAUGCAAGAAAGUUUGGACCCUACUAAUACUCUGUUGCCUAAUUCUGAUCUAUCUGAUAUCACUGCUAGGGGCAAUUUGCAGGUGAUGAGUAGUGUUCAUGUGCCUCGGUUACAGGGUGUGGGAUCUGCUGGCAAAGCUUCAGCAAGCACAAGUGCUCCAAACUACUAUGGAAACCGAAUGGGGAGUCCCCAGUCACAAAAAGCACAUGGAGAUAUUGUUAAUAAAGAAGAGGACAAUUAUGAAAGCUUGCACGAACCUUCAGAAACAUCUGACAGUGAAUACACUGCAUUGGGUGAAAUGUGUCCGAAUUCGCAUCCAGAUGAAGAUGCAAAUCAAACAUCACAAAUAUAACAGACUCUUGUGGCACUAAUUUGUGAUGCACAUUAAUUUUGAAGGAUGUGAGAAAAGAUAGUUUUCAGGCCAAGCAAUUGAAUCAAUGUGUAACAGGAAGGCUUCUGUGUGCAGAAAACUUUAAUAUCCUACUUGAAUGUUCAUUGCCUUGUGCAAAGUCUGAUUUCAGAUAAAUGGGAUGUAGGAUUUUUCUGUACUCUUUAGAAAGGUUCACAUGUUACAGCCAAAAAUUGCUUCCAAAGGCACAAUACCAACUAUAGACACAAUGGUAGCACCAGAAUUUUUUUUAAAGUGGUAUCACAGACUUAAACCAAUUGCUGCUGGGUCUGUAUCUAAUGAAGAGUUUGUUUUAAUUUGACAAUACCAUACUACUUGCACUAUUUUGUUUUUUGCCUUUUUCUUUUGCAGGUUCACAAAAGGGAACAUUGUCAGCGGCCUUCAAAAUUCAAAACCCCAUUAGGAGCCAAAUUAGUGCUUGUUCAAAUCUUUGUAACCUAAUUGGAACAGAGAUUGAUUAUAUAAUUGCUUUAGAUUGCACGUUGUGAGAUUAUCUGUGAUAUUUGGAGGAUUUGAAAUUUUGUAGUGUAAUGUAUCACUGCACCUAACAUUCAGUCCUUUUUUUAAAAAAAAUGGAGAUGUAAUUUGCCAGUAUGUAAUCCAAAACAGCUUUGAUUUCUUCAAUUAUGUGCCUGACUGGUAGUAUAGCAAAAUUUGUAUAUAUAUCUAUAAAAAAAAAUAAUCUGCUCACUGCUCCUGUUUACUAGAAUUAUUGCUAUAUUCCUUCUUGGGUGCUAUAAUUUUUUUUCAAUUCUGUUUGCCAAAUUUUAGCCUAGGAUUUUUUAAUGGAUCUGAGGAAAAGGUUCAGUAAGUGAAAAAGAAAAAAGCCAUCAAGAUUGCUCAUGGGGUCAAUCAGAAUUAAAGGAAUAAUAUUGGGGUUAACAUAAACAGUUCUUGGAGGAGAAAAUUGCAGGAAUUAAUAAUUUAAAUUUAAUGUCUUUUGACUAUUCCCAAAAUGGGACUAAAAUUUAAAAAUCUCAUUAAAUUUAGUAAAUUUAUUUACUUUGGGUUAGUUGUCAAAUGUUUGGGUGACAAUCUUUUGUACAAACUGAGACAAAGUAUUUGUGUACAACUUGUUUUUGUGCUAAAUUUGCUAUUCACAGGGAGCUUUUACGUUAGUUGAUGUACUCUAUCCUGUACUCAGGAAUUCUGUGUGUGUGUGUUUUUAUGUAAAAUGAAUGUAAUGCAUCCUAUCAGUUUAAAAGUAAAAUUAAUGACUCCCCAAGCAGAUUUGCAGUUUGAAGGCAUCCACAACGACAGCUUUUUGAUCAGCUUUUACCUACAAUUCAAUACUUUUAAAAGUGUGUUUGGUGAAGGAAAAGCACUUUGUCCCAACUUUUUGUUUAAUCUAACUAUUUUUGAAAUUACACCAAAUAUCCUGCAAUUUUACGGUAACAAAUUUGGUUUGAUGUGCUUAACAACUGAACAAUUCAGUUUUAUAAGAGAAAAGCUAGUAUUCUAUUAUUUGUCUGGCUCUUGAAAGAAUUUUGUAUAAUCAGAGACAAUGUUUAGAUUUAACGAGUGUGUGAAUACUGUUCUUGCCAUCAAAUUAUUAUGGAAGUUUGCACAAAUUAGUUAAAUUUACUAUCUGUAGUUUUAAAAUUGAAAUGUUAAUUACCAUUUACAAAUACUAUUUAUAGAAGAACUUGACAGAUACAUUAUUUGAAAUUGGGCAAUUAUAGGUCUAUUAACAAUCAAAAUUAAAAUUGUAGCUGUUAAAAGUAAAAUUAUCAGCAGUAACAAACUGGAAGAAAAUUAAUGUAGUGUCAAACUUCAAAAUCAAUCGUAAAAUUAAUGUAGUCUGAAAAAUGCAUUGAGAUCAGUGGUACUGAAAUAUUUCAUAUCAGAAUAAGGGGUAAAUUGCAUUAUCCAAUUUAUCCUAUAUAAAUUUCUUCCACUAUUAAAUAUGGAUUCUGCAUAAUAAUCAUGGCUAUAUAAAGCCAAUGGUUAGUAGCAAUGGAAGUGGUACAAUGAUGCAUUUUUGGAAUAUUCUGAAGUUAAUGUUCCCUGUUAGAGAUCUGAGAGCUAUUGUGAUUUAAUCUCCAGACAUGGAAUAGUGUAAUGCUGUCAUUGUGCACAAACACUUCCAGCAGCACUAUAAUUCCUCAACCUUUCAAGCACCAAAAUUCAGAAUUAUAACAUUAAUUUCUGUCAAUUUUAGUUUUCAGUUCCAGAAUUUUAUAGCAGGACUCAUACAGGACUUAGCUAAAAUUAAACUUCUAUAAUUGCUCUCAUUAGACCAUAUCCUCUGGCCUUAAAUUUGUUAAUGUAUUUGUGACUGUACCAACUAUUUUUCAGCAUUUAACAACUACAUAGUCUGCAAACCUGUUUAACUCAUUGGAGUUUGGAAAGCCAAACCUGUGUAGACAGUAACAAAAAUGUAAUGACUAACACAGUCUAAUCUAGUCCUAAGUAAGCUACAGAGGAAAAACAAUUCUUUGCUAACUGUAAUCAUUGUUGCAAUCAUGCAACACAUUUUUGUUUCUGCAUUAUUAUUGAUAGGUUUUCUUAAAAUAAACAUAACUGCUUUUUAUUUGACCACAUGCAGUGUCAGUGGUUUUUCAAAACUUGUAUGGAAUAUUUGGGCUAUAUUUGCAAUAUUGCCUUAUGGGGUACAUGGAUUGGAUUGCAGUAUGAAUGAUACCCAGUGACAUUUUUGGUUUCAAGUUUAUCGUCUAAUUUACAGGAUUUACAUGCCAUUGCCUAACCACUUUUUAAGCCUGGCUUCCCAAGGUUUAUUUUUUUUCAAUGACAUUGCACAGAUGAUUUCUGACAGAGCAAGAGAGAAUGAUUCUUCUUGACCAAAUCUUUCUCUGAAAUUUGAACUCCUUACUGCUUUGAAAAUUACUAGCUUUAUGCUCAAACAACAUGUAUCCAUUGUUUCCAUGGGGGGGGGGGGUGAAUAAAAACUGUAUACUUGCUGUACCAUUUAAUAUCUGUUUAAAAGAAUUCCAUUAAUUAUUGACCUAGCCUGUGGUACAAAAUUACAAGAUCGUUGAUGACAGUGAUGGCACUAUUAUCCUAGUGACUACAUCACUAGAGAGAGGAGGUUAUUGAUGACCUACUCUACUUAGUUUUGAAUACCAGUGGUGGUAUUUAGUAGAAUGUGCUUAGAUUAGAUUGAUAAUGAAAUAUAAAGUAUUCACUGGCAGAUUAGAAAGUUACAGUGAACAAACAUUAGCAUUGCACUGUCAAUUAAGUAUUUGGAGUUGGCAAGUUAGUGCUAAGUGGAAAUGUAGAAAGUAUGAAUAUGCAGUUAUUUUGUAUGCAUAUAUCCAAAAUAUUGUAUGGAAAGUCUGUAAAAUGAGUGGCAAAGGAAGCAUCUUAAUAGAUAUUAUCUUCCCUGUCCUUGGAAAUAAACUAUUGAAAAUAAAAAAAAGUGUGAAAUACUGAUACAUUACC